UCUAGAAGUGAUGGUUUGGUUUCACGGCGGACUCCUUCAGUACGGUUCCGGACAUAUGGAGAACUUAAGGCCUAACGGAAAGCUGUCUCGCGAUUCAAACUUCGUGUUCGUGUCAUUCAACUAUCGCUUGCAAGCCAUGGGUUUCCUAGCGUUGGAUCUAUUGGCCAACUCAGGCGCCAACUCGUCAUUUGGAAACUACGGCCUCUGGGACUCGAUGGUGGUGUUGGAGUGGAUCCAGCGGAACAUCCACUCGUUUGGUGGCGAUCCCAGACGUGUGACAUUGUUUGGCAGCGACGGCGGAUCCGCAAUGAUUAUGGCUUUAAUGACUAAUCCCGACUCGCGAUCCCUGUUUCGCUCGGUUUGGCUCAUAGAUCCGGCCCUAUAUUUCAACCGUACGUUCAGUGAGGCAUCAAAUUAUAAUCACAACAACUUCUUGUCGCGGACUCAUUGCCAGCACAUCGACUGUCUCUACCGACUGUCCGCCGAAGCCGUACUCAACGCCUUCAUCGGCGACGACGAGCCAUCGUUUGUCAUCAAAGAUCAAAAUGAUUUACCCAUUCAGGGCAUGCUUAACAAACAGCUCAUUGUUAUCGAUGAUGAAUUAGUGACGGCUCCCAUACCAUUCCCCGCCGACACAUCUGUCGACAUCCCAGUGCUGGUGGGCUCGACAGUUCAGGCGACUGAGUACUGGCCCGGACCUAAGGACCUAUGGAAGUGGACGUGGAGUGACUACAACAAGUAUGUCACCACUUCUCUCGACUCUUUCGGCCCCAGAAUCACGCAAUUGGCUCUUCAACAAUACCCUCCCUCUCCCACCAUUACACCGGCCCUCCAGUACCUAACAAUGGUGACAGACCUGCGACAGACCUGUCCCGUCAAUCUCAUCGCAUCCAACCUGUCAUCGCUGUUAGUGUCGCCGAUAUAUCGAUACCUCAUAACAUCAAAGCCCUCGCAACCCAUCAGACUAUUUGACAUCCAAUCAAACAAUUCAUUUCAUUUCUGGGAUUUGAUCGCAUUUUUCGGAACAAUCGAUAAGUUUAUUAAAAAGCCGUCAGAAAUGGAUCAACAGUUUGAACAACAAAUACGAGACAUUGUAUUCAAUUUUGUGAGGGAUGGCAAACCAGACUCAUUCAUACCAUUGCCAUCCAAAUGGGAUCAAUCAUUUCCGCAUCAAAUGGCGAUUAUUAACUCAAAUGAGACUCAAAUUGUCAAUAAUUAUGUGAUGAGUGAUAGGUGCGAGUUCUGGGACACACAGGGAUUAACCAAAUAUGCGUGGGUUAGCUAGACACUAAUCAAUUGUGUGCUACUUCUCAACGUUUUAUUAUAAUUUACGUGAAAAUUGCGACACUUUUUGUAUUUAAUCUAAUUUGAUGUUUAUUUCUGUAUUUCUUAGAAUCGGUUUAAAUUUAAUUUACUCGCCUUU